AUUGGCGUUGUCUGCUCACAGAGCAGCUCACUGCUGGAUCUGAAUGUUCUGUGACGUUUUAUUUAAUUUGUAUGAGAACUUUUCGGGCUUCGUUGAGUCGUAUCAGAUACAAUAAUUAAGUAUUAACUUCGUACGCAUGCAGACUACUCAUUUGUCACGUGUUCGUAUGCGUGUUUAUUUUUGAAAGUUCGAAACUAUUUGUCUCGCACAAUGAAGAAGAAAAUUGAUUUUAUCAAAAGUUGUAUCAGACGUGGCUACACCAAGCAUUCACGGGAAGAUCGGCCAGACUUUUAUAGGAAACAAUUCACAACAAGGAUAAUCAGACUAAAGAAAUCAAAAAAUUCAAAAUCUAACCAAACACCUUCAACCUCAAAUAAGGAUCCGGAGGACUGCAAAACCAAGGAAAAUGAUUUAAAAAAUGAAAAGCCGUGCUUGACACGGGUCAAUGAACUCAACAUGCAAAUGAUUUCAAAAGGCUUAUACGAACAGUUAUUUAAUAAUGAAGUGGUCCAUCGAUCAUCCAACGAAGAAGUGAAGCCAUUGAAACAGAAUCUUGAUAGCUUUGGAAUCAAAACGGAGGAGUGUACACGAAUACCAGAUGUGUCCAUGAAGCUUCCGCCAUUAGAGGGUAAAAAUUUGGAGGAGCACUUUUACAACAUUGGAAAAAAGCAAGUUCACCCUUAUUUGGGAAUAAUAAAUAAUAUUAUCAAAGACAUUCCUGCAAUGCCUGAGAAGUGGAUAUUCCAGAAGGGAUGGACUCGAUAUACAGAGGCGGGAACAGAGAAAGUUCCAUAUCCCUUGGAAACUGGGGUGAUAUUUGACGUGGAAGUUUGCAUGAGUGCAGGACCCCUUCCAACAAUGGCUACUGCUGUCAGCAACAAAGCUUGGUACAGCUGGGUAUCAAAGUCACUAAUUGAUGGUAGCAGUAUGCCGGCAGGAAGUCAGAAAUUCACAACAGACCAGCUCAUACCAAUGGAAAGCAGUCGCGGAGAAUAUGGAGGUAAGCUGAAUGAAUUACAAAAGACACCAAAGGUCAUCAUUGGGCAUAACGUCUCGUAUGAUAGAUCCAAAAUUAAAGAACAAUACUGGCUAAAUUCCACUGCUACGCGAUUUGUGGACACAAUGUCGAUGCAUAUCUGUAUCAGUGGAGUUACCAGCUACCAAAGAGCCUUGUUGAAAGCAGAUAAACCCAAUUCAGAUGAACAGUGGAUCCGUCAAAGCUCUUUGAACAGCUUAUCAGAAGUGCACAAUUUAUACUGUGGAUGGAAAUUGGAUAAAAAAAUGCGGGAUAUGUUUGUUGAAGCAACGCUGGGUGAGAUCAAAGAUAAUUUCCAUGAAUUGAUGAUGUACUGUGCCUCAGAUGUGGUGUCGACUCAUAGAGUAUUGCAGAAGGUAUUUCCACUGUUCAAAGAAAGGUUCCCUCAUCCCGUAACGCUUGCUGGAAUGCUAGAGCUAGGCACAGCGUAUUUGCCAGUUAAUUCAAACUGGGAACGAUAUUUGGAGGAAUCGGAACUGACUUACAAUGAUUUGGAUAAUGAAACUAAAUUCAUAUUGGCAAAGAAAGCUGACGAAGCAUGCCGGCUACUGCACAAUGAUGAUUACAAACGAGAUCUCUGGAUGUGGGAUCAGGACUGGAGUACCCAGACUGUGAAGAUAAAACAGAAGCUGACCAAAACUAAGUUGAAAGAAAUUGAAAAGGUGGAAUCGUCUAAAACAAAGGAGUUGUCAGACAUUGAAAAAUAUCUAACUGAUGGUGAGGAUGAAACAGACCCACUGGAUGAAAAAUUUGCAUACUUAUCAGCCACUAAACAUUAUCUUCCUGCCAAAAUGCCUCACAAACCAGGCUAUCCUCAAUGGUAUAGAAAACUAUGUCCGAAAAAAACGGAUGAUGAUUGGGCACCCGGUCCACAAAAUAUUAGUACAACCAUGCAGAUCACUCCAAAAUUAUUGAGACUGUCCUGGGAAAAUUAUCCGUUACAUUACAUCAAAGAACACGGUUGGGGGUUUCUGGUACCUUAUAAUGAAAAUCCAGAUGGUGAAACCCAAGUACCAUUAAAGGAAUUGUUUGAGCAGUGCCCAUUAUUGAAUAAUAGUCACCGAGACACUGAUACAGAUUAUUUAAUGCAAACUCUUCGGUUAGAUGUACAAGAUGACUUGGGUAAAACUGAGUUUUGGAGGCAUAAAAAGAAGCAGAAUCCUGUCGAGCAUAUUUACAAAGGUACUGGAGUCUGGUGUAAUAUCGACAUUGAUGGUUGUUGUUGGUUCUUCAAGUUGCCCCACAAAAAUGGAAAUGCACACAAUGUUGGGAACCCCUUGGCUAGAGAUUUUUUAAAUAAAUUCUCUGAAAACGUUUUGACUGGGUCUGACUCUAGUGCACAGAAAGUUCUGCAAAUAGCAAGAAUGCUUUCAUAUUGGCGAAAUAACAGAGCCAGAAUAUUCUCUCAGACUGUGGUAUGGUUGAAUAAGAAAGAUAUGCCUAGUAUACCUAAAAAAUUGAGGCUAAAUGACACUGUUAUUGAACAUGAUCCAAGUCACAUGCAGUAUGGGGCAAUUUUACCGCAAGUUGUUGUUUCCGGUACGCUAACUCGCAGAGCUGUUGAGUCAACUUGGAUGACGGCUUCAAAUGCUCAUAAGGAACGAGUGGGUUCAGAGUUACGAGCUAUGAUACAAGCACCUCCUGGAUAUAAUAUUGUUGGCGCUGAUGUUGACUCACAAGAACUUUGGAUAGCAUCUGUUCUUGGUGAUGCUCAGUGCGCACAAAUUCAUGGGGCGACACCUUUUGGAUGGAUGACUUUGAUUGGCACUAAAGCAAACGAAACCGAUAUGCACAGUGUCACAGCAAAAGCAGUUGGGAUAUCAAGAGAUCAAGCAAAAGUAAUAAACUAUGCGAGAAUUUAUGGAGCAGGUCAAAAAUUUGCCACUGAAUUAUUGAAACAGUUUAAUCCAUCCAUGCCAGAAUCUGAAGCCAUCUCCAAGUCUCAGAAAAUGUUUGCUAUGACUAAAGGAAAAAGAGUUUACCGUUUGAAAUCUGAAUAUAUUGGCGAAGAUCUUGAAGAUGUACCCUACUCAAGUUAUAACGCCAUCAGAUUAGCAAAAGCAUAUGGAAAAACUGUUCAAGAGAUGUUUGGAAAUAGUCGAUGGAUUGGUGGCACAGAGUCUGCUAUGUUUAAUCGCCUUGAAGAAAUUGCUACGAAUCCAAAGCCUGUUACACCAUUCCUAAAUGGCCGGUUGAGCCGUGCUCUAGAGCCUGAGAAUGAAGGAGGAGAUAAAUAUUUGCCAACAAGAGUGAAUUGGGUUGUUCAAGGCGGAGCUGUUGACUUUUUACAUUUAAUGCUUGUCUGCAUGAGAUGGUUAAUGAAAGACAAGGCUCGUUUUUGUUUGUCAUUCCAUGAUGAAAUUAGAUAUCUAGUCCCUUCUCAGUAUAAAUACAAUGCCGCUUUAGCUAUGCACAUGACUAAUUUGUUCACCAGAUCAUUUUGCGCAUUUAAAUUAGGGUUGAAGGAUCUCCCUAUGUCUGUUGCUUUCUUUACUUCGGUAGAAGUAGAUACUGUUUUACGAAAAGAAUCAAGUCACGAUUGUAAAACACCAUCUAAUCCUCAUGGAUUGCAAAAUGGUUACGGAGUACCUAUAGGCGAAAGCUUAGACAUACAUCGAACUUUGCAAAAGUCUGGGGGUGUCUUAGUUGCUGAAUGUUCUGCAACUGGCUCAAAAAUCAAACUAAAAAAAAACAAAGACGAUUGUACUAAGGUUUAAAAUUUAAUGAGCAGGAAUUUAUAUUGUAUAGCUUUGAAUAGCUUCUUUUCAUUUAAUUGUAACUUAUUACUUGACUCUCAGUUUGUAAAUACUUCCACACAUUCAAAUAUUGAAUGGAUACGUGUUGUAUUAAUUUGUCAUAAAUGCACCAAAUCUCCUGACUUUGUGUAUCUACAUAUGUUGAUAGGUAUUAAAUGUUAUCAAAUUUUGGA